AUAUAAUUAAUCUGUACUGUGAUGGCUUGAUAUGGUUGAUUUCGUGUCAAAAUAUUUUUGUUUUCUUCUUCGUAUUUUAUAAAAAAAGUCUUAAUUAAUGUCUUCAUUGUAAUGUUUUUUAUUUAUUUUAAUGUUCAAUCAUACGAAACAGCAGGACACUGCAAGAAUAAUUAUGAUGUUUUGGUGAUACAAUACCCAUAAAGAGUCACUGCAGUAGUCAUGUCAGAUUGCGCGUUGGUGGCCAAUGUAAACGAGCACGAUGCGAGUAUGGACGUGGGGAACGAUAAGUCUCUCUUCGAGCCUACUGUUGAUAUGAUGGUAAAUGACUUUGAUGACGAAAGAACAUUAGACGAAGAAGAGGCUUUAGCUGCAGGAGAGCAACAGGAUCCUAAAGCUGAGCUUAAUAGUUUGCAAAGAGAAGGGGAUAUGCCAUUAGAGGAACUUUUAGCGCUAUAUGGUUACGACAGAAACAUGGAUAAACCUACACCCGAGCAAAUACCAGAAGUAGUGGCCGAGGAAAAUGAAAAGAGUGAAUCGGCAUUACAGCAGUUGUACAAUGAAACUACCAGUCCAGAAGCGACACGUUGUCUUAGGUCAGGCUCGAGGCCGCCUUCGGAGGAAGAAGAUGAUUACGACUACAGUCCAGAUGAGGAUGACUGGAAGAAAACUAUAAUGGUGGGUAGUGACUACCAAGCUGUGAUACCAGAAGGUUUAUGCAGCUAUGAUGAUGCAUUACCCUAUGAAAAUGAGGACAAGUUGCUUUGGAAUCCAAGUGUCUUAGAGGAAAAAGUUAUUGAAGAGUAUAUGAAAAAGAUUUGUGCAAUGAACUCUGGUGCUGGUGUGGAAGCUGUCCCUAGGGGGAAACAGCUACGAGAUGAUGAAGAAGCCUUAUUUUUGCUUCAGCAAUGCGGGCACAAUGUUGAAGAAGCAUUAAGAAGACGGCGUAUUUCAGCUCAGACACCAGCCCAUGCCAGCUUAUGGUCAGAGGAGGAAUGCCGUAAUUUUGAGAAUGGUCUUAAAGCACAUGGGAAGGACUUUCAUUUAAUAAGACAGAAUAAAGUUCGAACACGAUCAGUUGGAGAACUUGUCCAAUUUUAUUACAUAUGGAAAAAGACAGAGAGGCAUGAUAUAUUUGCAAACAAAGCUCGUUUAGAGAAAAAGAAAUAUACAUUACACCCAGGUCACACUGAUUAUAUGGAUAGGUUUUUAGAAGAGCAGGAAGCAACAGGUGCUGGGGUCGUGCGACCGGCAUCACCAUCACCAAUGAUGGUGUAUGCACCAUCUCCAGCAGCACAACCUGAUCCUCUAGCGCUGGGGGAAAAGGAGGUAUUCUCCCAAUUAAACGCUCACACACCACCUCCCAGAGGUCUAUCCACAGAAGACCAGGAACCAGACACAGGCUCCUAAUAUAUGUAUUUUGGCAAUGCCAUUUGUCAAGUAGUAUGCACUGUUUCUUGUAAUACUUAAUUACAAGUUUAUAAGGCGAAUGGACAUUGACAUUUAAACAUGCAGUUCUCAUUAAGUAUUUUAAGGGUCAGAGCACCCAAUAGAGUGUGGCAAAACUACUAAUUUGAUGACAAUUCAUAUUUCAUUUUAUUUGCUUCGGCAUAUACUAAAAUUAAUUUCUAUCUUUAUUAAACUCAGCUUCCCAAAGAAGUAGGUAUAAAGAAAUGGAUGCCAAAAGUUUCUAUUUUAUUAAAGUUCACAUAAUUGCAUGUGGUCUUACUGAAAGACAUCAUGAGACAGAGCUCUGGUGGCAUCUAGUUCUCUAUACUGAUUCGCCACACCAUAUCAAAAGUGUAGCUUGAACUACUCUGGCCUAUAGUAAAGAGGCCUGGCAUCUGACUACACAUAUAGAUAUGUAUGUAAAACUUCAGAUACUUGAGGUGCAGAUGUACAUGGUGCUUCAUCCACUUCUAAUAUAUACACUAUCUACAUACACUAAUGAUACAUACACAUCUGCCCCUCUACAGGAACAAUUCUAUUGAUAGAAUAAUUAUUUCAAGCAAGUCAAUGAUAUAGAAUGAGAUUAUGAUGUGCAUUGUCUUGUUCUUUUUCAUGUUAACCAUGAUUAAUAAUAAUAAUAAUUUUAAUUCAAAUAAUUUUAAUAAUUGAUCCAUUGAUGCUAUUGUAUCCAUAGAUUCAUUUAUACCUGUUUAGGGGUGGAGGCUUUUCUCUUAUUCAUUGAUACCGUAUAUGUAUGUGUAUAUAUAUAUAUAUAUAUAUAUAUAUAUAUAUAUACACAUACAUACAUAUAUAUACAUAUAGCACAGUGUAAGAAAUAACAGUGUAUUGUUGCACUAUAAUUACAAUAUUAAAAUUUGAGUCUAUGUGCACUGUUUAUUACUAUUAACCACUCUGUUGGUGUGUGUUGGCCCUAUGUUAGCAAAAGUUAAAUGAGUAGACUUGCAGAAUGCAGAGAAAUGCUGUAAUUUUAUACUAAUUGAUGCUGAAAAGUAAUUGAUAAUGUUCUGUAUAACUGAAUUAAAUGGAAAGAUAAAUUAUGAGAAUAAUUAGAAUGUUCACAUUGAAUUAUUAAGUAUAAUAAAUACAUUUAUGUUGAUGUAUGUUGAACAUGUAAUGUUCAUUUGGUAUAUUGUGGUGCAGGAUUAUGUUUAUAUGUUUUUGAGGCUUAUACAGAGGUGCAUUGUAUCUUAAAUUUAUACAUUCACCAUUUAUAUGGACACAUUGGUGUUGAUUCUGAGAAGUCAUUUCUCUAAACCUGUCUCUAAAAUUAAAAUUUGAUAGAAGAGAACUUUUUAUUUUUGAUUGAUUUUGAUGAUUGUGUGGUAUUUGUUGUUACUGUUUAAUAUAUAUCGAUGUGUAUCCUAUUUAUUAUGUCUGGGAAGACUGGACCAAAAUUAAUAAAUGACGUGUCAUGCUCACUCUUUGCCUUAGGUGAAAAUGUCUUAAUUAGGUUGUAUACUAAGCUGUAUAAGUUACUAUAGUUUUUUGACUAUACUGCAGGAACUCUUUAAUUUUCCAUGAUUUAAAGCAUCUAAAUAGUGGACCGAAGAUGUAAGGUAUCACCAUGCAGAAUUUCAUUUAAAUCGGUCUAACAGUUUCCGAUAUUAGCCUGUACAAACAGAGAACCGACCAUUUCAUUUUUAACAUCCCACUGUCUAGGUUUUUUGUGUUUUUUUUCUAUGUACAGACAUUUAACCUCUACAGUUUUAUUAUAUUUCUAGAUAUUCAAUAAUUUUCUAAUAGAUUUAAGUACAAAAUGUUAUUAGUAUAUAAUCCAUAAAACAGUCAUCAUCAUCAUCAUAUCAGCUUUUAACUAUCCACAGCUCAACAUAAGCCUUUAAGAUUAUAUAAGAUUGGUAACUGCAGUUAGGCUAUGUAGAUGUUUUAUGAAUUGUGAUUAUUUCUAGUAAGUUUAUUAUAUUUUUAAUAAGUUUACUAUUGUAAUCUUUUGGAGGAAACAAAGAGUAUUUAUCUGUCGAUCUAUCUAUCUAUGAGGAAAUCUGCUGCCCAUUCCUCAGUCAAUACAGUACACAAAAUUAUCUAAUUAAAAUAUUAGGUUAAAAAUAAUUUUAGUCAAAUGACACCAUAGAAUCAACUCUGUUGUUAUUUAUAGAUUCAUAGACUGAAGUUGAGUCAUUUUGAAUGGUUUCAUUAUUUAUCAAACUUGUUUUCCUUAUGUUGACUGUCUGAAUAAAGGUGUAAUAAUUUAUUAGUUUUCAAUCCAGUAGAAGCAACGAGAUAAUCCUGCACCACUUGUAUAUUUCCCUUAUUCAUGAAAUAUACUAUAAGUUUCACUCUUCUAAUAAUUAAUAUUUUUAGUAAAUUUUAUAUUAAGGUUUAUUUCGAAGUACAUUCUAUAAACCUAUAAUAUCAUAUUGCUCCAAGAACUAUUGAGCAAAAUUUAUAAUACUAUAUAUAAAUUGAUAAUUGUGAUUUCCAAUUGCGAUAUUCAUAAUGACUGUAAUCUCUAAUAAACAUCUUUGUGUUACAAUUAUAUUUUUGCUAAAGUAUUAUAUAAAUAAAAUGACCAUGAUCAUGUUUGAAAUACUUAGAUCCAUUAUUAAUUGUUUGUUAAUGGCAACUAAAAUAUGUUCAAGUAUUUUAUUUCAGUUUAAAGUCAUUAUAAAAUCGGAACUUUAUAAAUACUUAGGUUUAUGGAAUGGCUAUUCACAAUAAAACUCUAUGCCUAGAUUUUAUGAAUGGAUGUGUGACUGAACCCUAAGGGGCCUUUUUAUAUAAUUCAAUAGUUAUUAUUGUGAAUUGUUUUAUUAUGAUAAGAUUUUUAACAGUACAAUGUAAAUAAUUGUCUUAUAAUAAUUAUUAUAUUUAUUUUUUUAUGUAUAAGGGAAUUAUACCAUGACUUGUAUUACGUACCCAUUGAAUUUAUGGGCUGUAUAAAUAAUGUGGACUUUGAUUUAAUAAAACAGUGCAAACUUUA